CUGUCCUUUGGCAAGUCUCAAGCCCGCCCUCUCGUACUUUCUGUCAGAUUGUCAGCUGCCGGUGUCGGAGCUUGUUCUGUCCCGGGCUGUCCGCCUCAUGGCGUCUGGUCCCCAUUCCCAGAUGUUAUGUGUGUGGAUUCGGCCUGAUGUGUGACCGGGACACAGCUUGCUCCUCCCCGGGGCUCCGGGCCCAGCUAGGCCGCUUUUUUUCUGGCCUGCUGCCAUACAGACUCCUACAGCUGCUCGGGGCUGGCUGGGCUUACCUAAUGGGGCUUGGUGGCCGCGGCCCAGCUCUCUUCUCCUUCCUGAUUCCCACUGGAUGGAUAGUCCAUAAACAAGUGGGGCCCGGUGAGGUCCUGGAAGCUUUACGCGAGUUUGCGCCUGUUCCCUGGGAGGACCUAGAGGAAUGCCUGGAGGAGAUGGGCCCAUGGAAUGAGCUGAACCCCGGCAAGGAGCAGAGCCCCUGGGAGCCAGGGAUAGAAAUACUGAAAUCUUUGAAGGGUUUUGUGUGUCCUAGUAAGGAGCAAGACCUCUGGGAUACAGAGCUGCACUGCUGGGAGGAGAAUAUGGCACCCAGCAAGGAGCAGGGACUUUGGGAUCCAGACCUGGACUCCUGGAAAGAGUUAUUGGUAACUAACCAGAAUGGGGGCCAAUGCCAUUGGAAAUCCUCUGUCUUUUCUUCCAAUGGCCACAAUAAGUGUGACCAUACUAGUCUGCCAAUGAAACCUAUAGAGGAAAUAUCUCAGGUUCAAUUUCCUGGGUUUAAUAUGGUGUCGUGCAUCCUGAGUCCAGGUACAGGUGGGGUGUUAACUUGGAUGACACAAGGGAAUGAACAGAACCUACAGGAUAAAGUUGAUCUAGGGGAAAUCUCAAAAAUUGAACCAGAUGUUGAGCUUCAGCAUAUCCGAAAUAAGAGGCUUUGGUUCCUGCAGCAGAACCAGGCCCAUGAAGUUCUAAACCUUGACAAGGAACAAAACCAAAAUAAUGAUUUGCUUUAUAGUGACCAACAACAAAUGGCAAAGCAGCCCCCAGAGCCUUCUAGCAUGGAUCUGAAAACCUGUGAAUGGCAACAGUGUGAGCAACAGCUGACCUCUGACAAGAAUCAGGGAUCACUAAGUCAUGAUUGGGAACAGAUCAUACUAGACUCCAACCAAAUGUUAAAUUUUGAUUCAUUACAAAACAAUAGUCUAGAGGUAGCAGUAACUAACCAGGAACAGAAACAUGAUAUUCCGAUAUUUAUUUCUGAAAAGAAACAGGCUUUUUCAGAAAACAAAUACCUGCCUAGUCCAGACCAAGACCAGGGAUAUUUUAGUCUGGAGGACUGGCAAAGUUUUAGUUUGUCUCUUGAUUUACAGACUAAUAUCGCUAAUGCAUCAAACAUGCCAUGUGAGUUGAGUGAAUUACAACCUGUACCUGAAAGACAGGUGCAUACUGAACCUGGGAAAGAGGAUGCCAUAUUAAUUGAUGAUAAAGACAGUGGUGGGGCAGACUCUGAUCUAGAAGAAGACAUUCUUGUUCGUCCUGUUUGUAACAACAAACACAUCAGCUACAUUUUGGGGACCCCAUGCAGUGAUGAAGAGGAUGCAAGUUCCAGCUCUGAUGAUGAUGAUGAUGAUUGGGAUGAUGAUGAUGAUGGUUUUGAUAGUGAAGGGUCUGUUUUGGACUCCGAGGAGCCUCAGGACUCACAAGGAGUGGAGCUCUUGAACUAUUUUAAUAUUGUAGAUCCUUACAACCCACAGAACUUUACUGCCACCAUCCACACAGGGGUCAGGGUUGAAUCCCCUCAGACUGUUGAAACACAUGAGGAAGCACAGGAGGAGGAGGAUGAUUCCUCUUGGUGUGAUAGUCUAUCAGGUUCAUCAAGUGAAGAUGAGUGUAGUGCUGAUGAGGAGGAGAACCUCAAACUUUGGAACUCUUUUAUGAAGUCAGAAGACCCCUAUAACCCUCUUUGUUUCAAGGCCUCUGUUCAAACUGCUGAGCAAAAGAGGCAAAGUAGAGACGCUUCUAGCAAAUACACAGAACAAGGGUCAGGGUGUGGGGCACUCUCAUAUACUGAAGUUUCACUUUCCUGUCAAUCUGAAGACCCUCAGAGUGCACACAUCAUAAGCAAGCUUCUCUUGCCUGUCCGUACAUUGAAAAAGGUGACCUUCAGUGACAAAGUCACUGAAUACUAUGUGUGCAGUGACGAAAUUCGCAAAGGCCCCUGGGAGGAAUAUGCCCGGGACCGCUGCCGUUUCCAACGGCGCAUACAGGAGACAAAGGAUGCAAUUGGACAUUGUUUUGCUUCUGAAUACAGGCAAAGGGUAUGGGACAGAAUGCAAGAGAGUUGGAACAGCUAGCCUCUGCUAUUGGGGACUGUGUGUACAAAGGGUCUUCCCCCCUCAGAAACUUAAUUCUACUGUCCAACAAAAAGUUUUCUGACCCUUGUCUAUGGAAGAGUAAACUUUGUUAUUCACAAGAAUAGAAAACGGCCUGUAUGUCAGAUGCCUACAAUGUUAUUUGAACAUGCACAUAAAAGUCCCAUAUUAAUAUUCUUAACUUAUUGAUGGAUUUUGACAAAUAUGGACUUAUAAUGUUCUGAAUAUUAAUUUCUUUAUCUAUUAUAUGCUCCUACAUGGGGAUCCUACCUAUUGAAUUUUUGUUUGCUUGGAAACACUUAUGUAUACAUACAGGGCAAUAUUAAAUUAACCCAAAACCAUAAUGUAAACCUUUUAAAAAUUACCAUGAACCCAUCAGGCCUUGCACUUCUAUGUUUGCAAUCUGCAAAACCAAAUCAUUUUCACACCAUUAUUUAAAGGGAUAUAAUGGUCAAAACUGAAACGUGUAUUUGAGUUUUGAAUCAAAGCAUUUUUGCAAUAUGAUAAAAGCUACUUCCGUUUCAUUGGCGCAUGUGUGUGCUCUUCAUGCCCUGUACACCCUUAUUUAAUUACUUUGCCAGCUAUACAUAAACAGUGGUGUGUAUCUUAUUAGCAAUUAAUUUAUAUCAUACAAGCUACUGCUAACUGUGCUGGUGCAGUGUAUAUGUAGAUAUGCUGCUGAAAAGUAAUAACUUUUCUGUUUAAAUUGGCAUGUAUUCACGGAAAUUUAAAUUUUAACUAUUAAGUCCCUUUAAUUAUUUACAAGUUUUUCUGACAAUUUUUUAUACUUUCAGUGGGAUGAUUUUUUUUUGUAUCUGCCCUAACCAUAAGUUUUUGCUGGUCGUUCUAAAAAGUGCACAACCUCCUGUCAAAAUAUAGUUCUUGAACACAAAAGUUUUUUUUUUAAAUCCCUGAAAUGGGUACAGCGAUUUUAAAGCCACAAAUCCAUUUGUUAGUGCGCUCCUCAUUGUACUAAGAAGACAUCUAAGCUCUAAAAAUAGCUAUGCCAAACUGACUCAUGUAUACAAAUUAAUUGGAGAUCUGUUGUGUAAUAAGCAUAGCACAUGAGAAACCGGUUUUGUUCGUUUAUAAUGCAAAUGUCAGUAGGGGAACUACAAGAAAAAUCAAACAGCCAUUUAAAGUUCACAUUUUGUCUUUUUCAUAUUUGAGAUUCCCAAGAUCUUUACAUAUAAAUUAUAUAUUUAUGAGCUUCUGUAUAUGUAUAUAUUACAGUAAUGUAUUAUUCAGUAUGGUGCCCAAAACAUCUUGUUUACGGUUCCUUGUAUAAGUCUUGGUACGUAUGUGGCAGCUUGUGGUACACCAACUAGACCACAGCCUGUUAAUGUUACAAUUGGUCUCAAAAUAUGAGAAUUACAUCUUCUUUUUAAUAUAUAUAAUCUCCCACCUACAUCUAAUUUUUUUUUUUAUUUAUUAUUAUUGAAAUCAAAGUUUGGCUUGCUAAAUGGACCACUUUCAUAAUAAGCAAGUUGCUAAUAAGUAGUAUAUAAGAUUCAGCUAUUCAUUAUCCUUUUUGAUUUAUGUUAAUUUUAUUCAUUUGAUUUUGGGUUAAAAAGCACUAAAGAAUAUCUUCUGGCAACUUCUGCUUCUAAAACCAGCUGUAUUCCAGUACGGAUUUAUACUUUAUUAUUUGAUCAAUCAAUGUUUUGUAUUAAAUGCAUCUGAGACUGCAGCUUACGCCAAAAUUCUACUUUUAUUUUGACAAAUCAGCCCUUCCUACAUUACUGCUCAGUAAGUUGAUUGCCUACAUAACAAUUCUUUUUGUAUUUAUUUAUAUAUAAUCUAUCCUCCUGACAGUUCCUUCAGCUCAGUUUAUUUCACGGCCAUGCACACCUAUAUCACUUCCCCAUGAUUGGAAACUAAAUAGAUCACACUAUAAGGGUUAUACAAAAGUAACAUCCGUGCAUGUGUUCUAUCCUCGAUUGGUGCAAUAAAUUCAAACAUUAUUUUUAUAUAAAGAUUCUUAUGUGGAUAUUAUUUUCACUAAAGUGGUCUGAAUUGUGUGCAUAAGAAAAUAUUGUAUAAAGUCUAAAAAUAACACUUUAAUUUUAAUAAACCUUAACGUCGGCUGUUUUUGAGGUA